AUGUCUUCUACACCUAUCAAGAGAUCUUCGGAUGGCGAUGGCUCGGCUGAGAAGCGUCUGAAGACUGAGGACCAAGAGCAGGCCAAGCCUGUCUACGAUUUGGGCGUUGUCCUCCUUAAGAACAACCGCGGAGAUGUCGUGACACACGUUCCUCUUGUCAACUUCAAGACAUACGCUUCAUCUGUUGUCAAGGACCUGAAGACUCAGAUUCUGGGAGAAUAUAACCUAACUAUCUACACUUACAAAUCAGGUCCUCUCUUGAUUAACCCCGACAUCCGAACAUGGGCAAAUUGGCUUGUCAAAAGAGACAUCAGGACCGCAUUGAGAGGCGAACUUAUGAGCACCUACCACGCUAGUCGUGCCCUGUGGGUUGCACAAAAACUUGGGGAUGUCGACUACCAGGAUGCUCUGAUAGAUUUCCUCUUCGUCCAUCUUCAGAAUAAGAAUGACCCUGCCAAGCUCGAUAUUCCUCGUUUCCGACAUCUCAUGUCAUUAGGAUGGGCAUGCGGUUUGCACAUCAUCCCAGAAGCCCUGAUUCUUCACCAUGAUGCAAAAGCCGCAGCCACUGGUCAUUAUGAUCAUGAAACCAGACAACGAGUUGAGAAAAUUGCUUUCAAGCAUUUCUCAGCCCCUGAUGAGUGUCCCAAAGAUCCUCUCAGCCUCAGUACCGAAGAAUUCUGCAAGACAUACCACCAACAUCAUACAAAGGAUCUUCCUUGCUACAAGACCCAGAAGCUUCCCGGAACCUCCGAGUAG